CUAGGUGACAGGGACCUCACAGAUGGGCCCACCUUCAUCAUCACUCCACAGUCCCUGCUGCUGACGCCUACUGGGCAUGUGCAGUUUGCUGACUCCAUGGAGACCACAGGGAAUGAUGGGAACUCAUAUGUUGCCCCGGAGAUGUUCCAGCCAAUCAACACCGACCUUGAGACAGCAGCUGAGAAGAUGUAUGUGUACUCCCUGGGCAUGACCCUGUACUGGGGAGCAGACCACGAGCACCCCAAGGGCCGGGCGCGCCUCGGAGCUGAGCUGGAGAAAGUGCUGCUGGGAAUGUGUGAGGAGAACUCCAGCAGGAGGAUGUCUCUCAUGCAAGUACUGGAGUCCUGCUCAUCACGUCACCAGAAGGGCCGCGCUGUCUCUGCCUUCUCACAGGUCAUCCAGCUGGCCAAACUGGUGCUGGGCAGUCUGCCGGAGCUUGACAAGUUGGUAGAAGAUGAACCCACCAGGCCGGGGGACAGAGGUCGGCAAAGGUCACAGCACAACAGUCGCUCUCGGUCCCGGUCUCCCAUCAGAAACAAGCUCUCCAGACCAGGGCAGCCUGCGACAAGACACAAGGAUCACAGAAGAAACAAUUUCCCAGCCAGGUAUGGGAGCCCACCUGUCACCACUCGGGACUUAGUGGCUUACAGAGAGAGCCUCAAACCAGACAGAAAAAGUCUCCAAAGUUACCACAGGAAAGUUGAGGCGGGGAGACCGCAAGUGCAGCGGCCGCGCAGCCUGAUAGACCUGCCGUCGGACAGGCGGUCGCGCAGACGGUCACGAGACCCGGAGAGAUACUCUGUCAUCAGCUCCAGCUCGUACGAGAGCAGGAAUGGUGUAACAAGCUCCUACCUUACUGAACCAUUGACUAGACCACGCUCCAAACCCAGACACGACAAUCGGACCGUACCAUCCCGGAGGGCCCUCCCCGCGCCCGUAGAUGACUUAAGCUCGGAAGCGGCACCAGAUUUACAGAGCGAUGCGUACAAACGUCUGAAGCAAAGGAGGAGCAGGCUGAGUUCUGCAAAGGCUGACAGCGACAGAGACCGACCCGACGCCAUCCAAGACAACGUUGGUUACCAUAGCGACGGCUCGUUCAGCGAGUUUUCCAGCGAUGACAGCACCACGUCCAUUCCCUCCGACAACACCUUCACGCAGGGGAGCUACCGUCCUGACCUUUACCCUCAGUAUGGGUCAAGGGUCGCCUUGAGAAUGGGGGAUGAUGGGAGCCAAGCUGCCAGUCACCACAGCCCAGGGGGAAAUGGCUACGACCAAAGAAGGGAUUCCCAGGAAAACCCCAGGGUCAUGGGUCGCCGGGAGCAAAGGAUGAUGGGAGACGUGAGCAGCCCCCCUGUGUCGGAGGGUAGCGGGGCGAGACCCCCUGCGGAGAUGGACAUGAGUCGGGACCCGCUGGCCGAGGUGCCGAUGGCACGUAGCACGACACAGCGCAAACUGAAGACGUUUUUUGGUCCAGAGUUUGUAAAGAUGAGUAGCGAGCCAGCGAUCUCACUGGAGGUCCCUCCAAGUCCUGCGCAAAGGAAGGCACACACAAAGGUACCAAAGUGGAUGAAAAAACCCAUGGCGAAGGGCAGCAAGCUUCCCCAAGGUCGUAGGAAGGUCAUCGUGGUGAUGCUGAACGGCCAGCGGCUCAGCGUGAUGUGUGACGUCACCACGGUUGCUAAGGAACUGUUUGACAUGAUCGUGGCACAGCUGGGGCUGGUGGAACACUUCUUCUUCGGACUUGCUCAUCUUAAAGAUGGAGAGCUGUUCUUCCUUGACCCUGAGGAAAAACUGGCCAAGGUCGCCCCGGCUGGCUGGAAGGAGGAGGGCAAAGGUCGGCCUGGGUCGGAGGUCAAGUUCACCGUCUUCUUCAGGGUCAAGUACUAUGUGGAGAAUGUUUCCAGCCUCAAACACCAGCUGACCCGGCACCAGUUUUACCUGCAGCUGAGGAGGGAUGUGUUAGAGGAGCGGACACACUGUCCCAGCGACUCUGCUGUCAGUCUGGCAGCUCUGGCACUGCAGGCUGAGUUUGGAGACUACAGCCAAGACGCCCAUGGUCACAACUACUUCCUGGUGGAGCACUACCUCCCCGCCAGGGUGAUUGACAGUUCGGGCGUGGCCCCCAUCAGGCAGGACUUACCCAGAAUGCACAGCCAGCACAGGGGCAUGAUGGAACCUACAGCUGAGAUGGAGUUCCUUUUGGGAGCUCAGAAACUUCCAGAGUACGGUGUCAUGUUUCACAAGGUGUACAGGGAGAAGAAGUACAUUCCCAGCAACACAGUAUUGGUCGGCAUCAAUGCAAAAGGAGUGGCCAUCUACGAGCUGAGGAACACGGUCAGAGUGUCCCGGGACAAGUUUGCCUGGAGGGGCACCAGGAAAAUCUCUUUCAAUAGAAGAAAGUUUGUCCUGGAGUCCACACCAGCUGACAACAACUCCCUGAACAAACUCACUUUCUUCACUGACAGCUACAAGAAGGGCCGGUACCUACUGGGCAUGUGCACCUCUCAGCACAAGUUUCACAUCAGGAUGAGGUCCAGACUCAACGCUUCUCAUGCCUUCCGCCAAGACUACCCUUUGGAGAGUAUCUCUGUGAACGAUUCUGUGUACUCGGCGACCUUCGACCCCAUGGAAGCCUCCAUCUCCUACAGCAUUCCAGAAGCAGACGAUUCCAUCAGUUACGACCCAAGCCAGAACGGAAUUCCGCUCGACGAAAGCAUCACCAGCGACUUUGACGCACCAUUCCAAGCCAUGGGCCCCUCAUACAGACCAGCGAAUAAUAGACUAGACAUUCCACAGCCUCAGAGGUCACGUGACCAGAGAAGGACCAAUGAGAGAGCAGAUGACAUGCAAUACGAGGAGGUGGAUUUUAGGCCUCCCAGCAGGCCAGAGUCUAAUAGGUCACAUGACCAGAGGAGUGACAGGUCAAUAGGGCAAAGGUCAAACGACAGGUCAGGGGAAAGACCGUAUUCACAAAGGAGCGACAGGUCACACGACAGGUCGAGCAACAGGUCAUUGGACCAAUCAGGGGACAGGUCCAGUAGCAGGUCGUUUGACCAAUCAGGUGGCCCCUCACAAAAGCCAUCGUCCAAUCACCAAUCACCGGAGGACUUAUAUGCAAAGCCAUGGCAACAUGGAGGAAGACAAAGAGAUCAACCAAAGAGACCAGUGCCUUACAAGGACUCCCAUCACUAUGACGACGGUCACUAUGACGAUAUCGCAGAGCCGGCCCAGCCCUCCCUGUCUGCGUACCAUCAGCAGAGACUCCGAGGUGCUGAGGGUGUGAGCAGUCCUGGGGGAAACAGGGGCAACGCUUAUGUAGUAGAUGCCAGUAUUAGGUCCAUGGACCAGACCAUGAACAUGACUGUCAAUGACACAAUGUCAGACACCCUACGUGAACGACUACAGGACCUUCCCACACCUGAGCAGGCUGAGAGAGAAAUCAUCAUGGUGGUACUAGAGAAGGACCCACAGUACGGCAUCGGUAUCACCAUAGUUGGAGGAGAGACAAGAGGUAAGCUGGACCUGGGACUGUUUAUCAAGUCUGUGACACCAGGAGGACCUGCACACAGGGACGGCAGGCUCAGACCAGGUGACAGAAUCAUCUCUGUGAACGGGAGAAGUCUGGAGGGUGUGAACCACCAGGGGGUGGUGGAGAUCAUCAAACACUCUCCCAAACAGGUCCAGUUCAUCGUCUCACAGGAGAAGUCUUACAGGGACCAACACAAUAGAACCCCACAGUCUGUGCAAAGGCCUUCUGCCACUGAAGACAUGGAUCCCAUGGAAGUCAGUCAACCAAUGAGACCUGCCAAUCAAACUCCUCACCAUGGCAACCACCACAUGGAUAGGCCUGCCAAUCAAAUCCCUCACCAUGGCAACCAGAACCUGGACUACGAAAACAUAGACAUCAGCAUGGAUUCGCCAUCCACGAUGCACGGUUACGACAGACGACCCUCCGGAGGUCAGAGUUCAAGGUCGCACUCGCUACUUGGCUCUGCGAGGUCGCAAGGAAGGUCAGAUGGUGACGACCAAUCGUGGAUAACGACUCCUGAGGCUUCUGAUGAUGAGGACGUUCUCCCGGAUAACACCGGUGCAGGGAGGUACCAGCCAUCCCAGUUUGCAGGACUCAGCAACCCGGCUUUUGAAGAUGAUGACAGAAGAGAUUCGUGGACAGACGUGGAUACAGCUGCAGUCGCCGCACAGAGUCAGCACAGGAACUCCACGGACGGCUUCACGUCCCCGGACAUCCCGCAGCGGUCAGACGACACGGCGUUGCUUCACGAGGAGGCAGGGCCGUACCAGGCCAGUGUGGAGAAGAGGCCGUCCAUGAGGCUCACACAGAACGACCUGAAGCCCGGGGACGUGUUCGAGGUGGCCCUGAGGAAGACUAGCAACAGUCUGGGGCUCAGUGUCACGGGUGGCGUCAACACCAGUGUGAAGUAUGGUGGGAUCUAUGUCAAGACUCUCUUUCCCAACGGGGCAGCUGAUGUGGAUGGCAGAGUGAGGAUCGGUGACAGAGUGCUGAAGGUUAACGGGGUCAGCCUGACUAACGUGACCCACAAGCAGGCUGUGGAGGCCAUGCGCAACUCACCACAGGUAACAACCCUGUUAAUAGAGAGGGGUGUACCACCAGGUAGUGGAGACAAGUCUGAAACAUCGUCCACACACCAGGAGGAGCCUGAAGAGGUCCUGCCGACCUCCCAUGACCCUGAGGAAGAGGAGGACUUCAGCAGGAGUCUGUCCCCUGACCCCAUGAGCCUGGCCUCUACCUCCAUGAUGAGUGGUACAGUCCUGACCCCCACCCCUGAGGAGGAGGAGGAGGGGGAGGGGGGACGCACCAGUCCUCCCGACACCCCUCCCCCCGAGUACCCCUUUGUCACAGAUGACAACACCUUCACAGUAGAUCUCAACAAAAGCACCACCGGCCUGGGGCUGAGUAUCCAGGGCGGUAAGGAUGCACACCCCGACCCCCAGUUUUGCAUUCCUCGCAUCAAGAAGCUGUUUCCCGGGCAACCGGCCGCGGAGAGUGGAAGGUUAGAGGUCGGGGACGUCAUCCUGAAGGUCAACGGAAGGGAACUCCAGUGUCUAAAACACAGUGAGAUAGUUGCUCUGCUGAGAUCAUCACCCCCUCAGGUACACCUGUCCAUCUGUAGACCUGAGCCUGGAACACUACCUGAGGUCUCACCUGCUAGCUUGCCCACAUCCCCCACCCCUGACAUGCUGGCACAGUACGGCGCUCCUCUGUCACCUACCAUAGAGGAGGACACACAGGAGUCCUCCACAGUUGGACCACUGUCAUCGUCUACACCAGCUGACUUCCCCACUCAGAGCCUCUCAUCACCAGGGUUACAGUCACCUGAUCAUGAUAACAGCCAAUCAGUGUCCAGCCCCACGUCACCUGACCCAACUGACAGUGAAGAGCUCCAAUCAGGGGAAAUUGAAGUGACCCUCACCAAGAGCUCAACAGGGGGGUUAGGGUUCACAGUGGCGGGGGGUGCAGACACAGGGGGGUGUUAUGUUAAGGGGGUGGUGCAGGAUCCCGCCAAGGCCGAUGGCAGACUGAGACCAGGGGACAGGCUUAUGAAGGUGAAUGGCCAGGAUGUGUCGGACAUGAGCCACUCUGACGCCGUGAGUCUGCUACGCUCCACGCCGCAGACCGUCACCAUCAGGGUGUACCGCAGGCCUGAGUUCGAACAGCCUGCCCCCCUCCCACCCUACACUCUCCCUACUGUCACUCUGAUCAGGAACAGCACAGGGCUAUUAGGUCUGAACCUGACUGGAGGGGUGGGCUCCCCACAAGAAUCCAUCUACGUCGGCGAGAUCGUCCCUGACCUCCCCGCAGACCAAGAUGGUAGCAUCCACCUGGGUGACAAGGUCCACUACAUCGGGGACCAGAGCAUGUUGGGACUGUCGUCAGAGUUGGCACAGGCAAUUCUCGAUGCGGCAGGACCUGAAGUUGAGAUUAAGGCAACCAGGAAUGGCAGACCUGUUCAUCAGCUGGAAGAUGAUGACGUACUGACUCCCCGCUCCCCGACAACCACGCCCCAGCCCCGCCCGACGACGCAACCUCGCGCGUCCAUCCGGUCUCUGAGUUCGGACUCUGAACCGGAGCGCGGCAUGGAAGCGAUAUCGUCUCCCGCCAUCCCCGUAUCCCCCCUCCCGCUCACCGAUUCUAGCACGGAAAACGAAAGUCCGGAACAUGGACCACCUUCGCAGCUGUAUACUCCAGAGUGUGACACUGAUGACCGUUUCCCUGACAACAGUUUCCUUGACAACGGUUUCCUUGACAACCAUUUCUCUGACACUAACACACCCAUCCAGUCUCCUAAGCCGCCAGUGAGUGGCGUGCUCCGUCUGGAGCUGGAGAAGCCCAGCGGCGGGGGCCUUGGAUUCUCGCUGGUGGGGGGUGAGAAGGGUGGCAGCACGGGGAUUUUUAUCAAAACCAUCACGCCUGGCAGCGUGGCUGACAAGGACGGCAGGGUCAAGGUCGGAGACAGGCUCUUACAGAUCAAUGGGGAGAGUCUGAUCGGGUUGUCCCACAGUAAAGCCGUGGCCAUCCUGCGCAAGGCCAAGGGCAACGUGCAGCUGGCCGUGUCACGCGCCUCGCCCUCGCGCCCCAGCAGCCGCUUCAACGAGAAGCAGGCGGAGCGUAUGAGCGAGACGGAGCUGCUGCAGCACCUGGUGAAGCGUGACAGCACGCCCAUGCUGCUCCGCGACGAACAGGACGGCUCCAAGAGGGCGACACCCGUCACUGACAAAGCCAAACAGGCUCCGGCUGAAACUGUCACUCCUAAACCUGCUCAAAAAGAGGAAUCUGAAGCCAUCAAGUCCCUGAUUGACUCGGUGCGACCCGGGGCCCAGCAUGGGUCGUCCACCCCGACCCCACCACCCAGGUCCUUCUCCCUGGGGCUGACAGGCAGCUGGCAGACAGAUGAGGAGGACACAGGAAGUGAUGUGGACUCUGCGGCCUUUGACCUGCCCGAUGGCUCCAGCCCAGAUCCCUUGCUUGGGGCCAAGUAUGUACCCAGCAGCCUCGGUCAAGGUCUAGGCAAGGCAGCAAAGGAGACAAACGACCUUCAGAAAUCCUCGCUCCCAGCAUCCUCCAAGCUGAGCAGGAAUGCACCCCCCUUCCUGGACCCUAACCACACCCCCUCCCCCUCCCCUCCUCACGACUCCCCACCCCCUGUACCCACAUCCCCCCUCCCCAGAGAUUCCCCGCCUCCUCUCCCAAGGUCGUCCCUGCUGCCUGGAUCGGAAGGACUGAUGAUGAUGAUGAUGAUGUGA